UGAUACGACUACUAAUGUCAAUCACACCAUUUCCGAAAUAGCGAAUUGGACUAAUGAAGAUUUCAUGGAAUUAGAACGUAUAUUACACAAUUGCAUUCCUUUAAUUAGAUUUUUUCAAAUUUCUUCAAGUGAAUUUUAUGACAAAGUUUGGCCUUUUAAUAAGAUCUUACCUGAAAAUUUUAAAGAAGAUAUUAUUCGCUAUCAUUUCAAGAGGAAUGCUGUUAUAACUAGUUCCAAUGGUUUGUCAGCCCAAUCACUAAUACCAAAAUAUGCAUUACCGCCAAGAAUAAUUCCAUUUGAUUCAGCUUUAAUCAAAGCUGAACAUGUGGCUAAACUUUGUGAUUGGAUAGACCGUAAAGACGGUAAUCUAAAUGAUGCCAAGUUGAGCAGAGUUAGUCGGCCAGGAUACGCUAUUAGAAUCAAAGAUAAAACUCAUGGUCCUUGUUUUGGCGAUAAAGAUUUAUGGAUGAAGAAUAAUUUUAAUGCUUAUGAUAGUUGUUCCAGUGAUAAAGAUGAUUAUACUGAUAGAGUUACUACGUUAAGCAAAUUCUGGGUACUUGAAUAUGAAGUUUUUCAAGUAAUAAGGAAGUAA